UCCUAGUCAGCUGAUGUUUGACGGAACUUACUUCAGUACUGUUGCAGGUCCUACUACUAUUGCUAAAGUUAGUAGUUGAGUCUAGAUUUCUAAGUACUAGUUUUUAGUACUUUCCUCCUGUAAAUUAAUCUUCAAAUUCGAGCCAGUGUCUUAAAAACAUCAACCAUGGCGCUCAGCGAUGCCGACGUGAAGAAACAGAUCAAACACAUGAUGGCCUUUAUUGAGCAGGAGGCCAGUGAGAAGGCAGAGGAAAUUGAUGCAAAGGCAGAAGAAGAGUUUAAUAUUGAAAAGGGACGACUGGUACAGACUCAAAGGUUGAAAAUAAUGGAAUAUUAUGAGAAGAAAGAGAAACAGAUUGAACAACAGAAGAAAAUCCAAAUGUCUAAUUUGAUGAACCAAGCACGACUGAAGGUCCUCAAAGCCCGUGAUGACAUGAUUAUGGAUCUCCUAAAUGAUGCAAGAAAAAAGUUGAAUAACAUUGCCAAAGACUCAAAUCAAUACCCAACACUGCUGGAAGGCUUGAUUUUACAGGGAUUUUAUCAAUUGCUGGAGCCCAAAGUCACAAUACGCUGCAGAAAGGAAGAUGUAGCAAUGGUGCAGGCUGCUGUUCAGAAAAACAUCCCCAUUUAUAAAGAGGCUGUUAGAUGUAAUAUUGAAGUACGCAUUGAUGAAAACAACUACCUGUCCCCUGAUAUUUCUGGAGGUGUUGAGGUCUAUAACGCUGAUGGCAAAAUCAAGGUGUCCAACACACUGGAGAGUAGACUAGACCUUAUGGCACAUCAGAUGAUGCCUGAGAUCAGAGUGGCUCUGUUUGGUGUCAACCAAAACCGCAAAUUUAUGGACUAAUGGACUGUGCUGUUACCAAGAUGUUCAGCAGAAUUUGAGAGAACAGUGGAAUUCAGAAGAUCUGAUAAAGCAAUGAGCUGGUUUCCUUCUUUUUUUUUUUUAAAGGCCACUUUGUGGAUUUUCCUAAGUGGAAAACUGUUUCUGGCAUUUUCUGGAAAUUCAGUUGGUAAUUUAAUUGUGUUGUUUUUUUAAAAACAUUUUCUUAAAAAAAAAAAAAAGGCCCAAAGAAAGCCUUAUUGUGUGUACUCUUAUCUCUCUCUUUUCUUUUUUUUAUGCUCCUUGCUCAAAGAUUGUGUCACUUCUAGGGAGCGUGGAUCUAUUCUUAUGCAAGGGAAUACAACCCUGACAUCUUCUUACAACCUGGCUGUUGACCAACAUAAGUCAGGAAUUUACAUUGUCUCUUGAUGCCUUUUCUGAUUAACACUUUUUAUUGAUUCACACAAUUGACAAAGAAAAGAAAAAAAUAUAUUCACUCUUAUUGCCUUUUGAAUGUUGUUAGCUAAGCUAGCAGCCUAAUUGGUUUUCUAAGGAAAUCAUCAUUCAGUGUCUUAAAUGUAGGGGUUGUUUUUGAUUAAGACAUUUCAUAGAAAAAUGCUGCCCUCUUGUGGAAUUUCAGCAUUUGAGAUGCAAAUCUGAAUAAAUUGUGGUGCGCAAACAAAUGUUUUGCAUAAUCAAAGUACUCCAGACUGUGUUUCUUAUAGGAAACCUUCAAAAACAAUAGCUUUUCAAAGAACAGAUUUGUUAUACAAGACUAUAUAUAGUAGUGUGUGAAUUACAUAUUUGAAAUGUAAAGACUUCUUGCUUUCCACAAUUACGGAGUAUAGUAUUUCAAUAAGAAGUUCAUUAAACCUGAAAACAACAGAGGAAGAAAAUGGUGUAAUGAAU